CCUGCCCUGCCCCGCGCGGGCGGCGCGAUGUGAGGCUCCCGAGGGCCCGAGCGUCCCCUGGCUCGCCAGCUCCGCGCAGCGCCGGCGCCAGCAUGCGCUAGGAACGUUUUGUGCUGAUUGAAGGUGAGGACCAGCAGUCAACUCAUCUCUGUGUCUCCCAGCCCAGUGCCAGGCACACACCCCUCUGCAGACACCAGCCUCCAGGGCAAGAUGGCGACCAAGCAGCCCCCUCCUCUCAUGAAGAAGCACAGCCAGACGGACCUCGUGAGCCGCCUGAAGACCCGCAAGAUCCUCGGCGUGGGCGGGGAGGAUGAUGACGGGGAGGUGCACCGCUCCAAGAUCAGCCAGGUCUUGGGUAAUGAAAUCAAGUUUGCUGUUCGGGAGCCUCUGGGGCUGAGGGUUUGGCAGUUUGCUUCUGCUGUGCUGUUCUCCGGCAUUGCCAUCAUGGCUCUGGCCUUCCCUGACCAACUCUACGAUGCCGUCUUCGACGGAGCCCAGGUGACCAGCAAGACCCCCAUCCGUCUCUACGGCGGGGCUCUCCUCAGCAUCUCCCUGAUCAUGUGGAACGCUCUCUACACGGCCGAGAAGGUUAUCAUCCGGUGGACUCUGCUCACCGAAGCCUGUUACUUCGGGGUCCAGUUCUUGGUGGUCACCGCCACGCUAGCUGAGACAGGCCUCGUGUCCCUGGGGAUCCUGCUGCUCCUGGCCAGUCGUCUCCUUUUUGUCGCCAUCAGCGUUUACUACUAUUACCAAGUUGGCCGAAAACCCAAGAAAGUCUAGCCCCUUGCUGGGCUAGGGGGCCCCCGUGGGGCCGGGAGACCCUGCCUGGGGCCUCGGUUUCCCUCUGGCUCCUGGAAGGCAGGAAGGACCCUGCCCUGCACCAGGCCUUCCCUAGGCAGGUGGGGCCGCUCGCCUUCCUUUCCUCCUGGGCACCCCCACAUGCUGUGAUCUCCUGGACUUUCAGGCUGAGGGAGGGACAAGGCCUCGGCACCUCUGCCCUUUGCCCCACACAGCAGCACCUCCUUUUUUUGGCUCUCUUGGCCUCCAGAUCCCGUGAAUAGACACUGACCGAAGAGCUUGAGUCAUGGGGUGUUGGGCUAAGGAGCGGUUUCUGCCCCUUCUGCCAGGACACCCUUCUUUUGUUUGGGGGGGGGUGCCCUGCUUCUCUGUCCUCCCUGCACCCCCCCCACUCUAGUGCCCACACAGCUGAACGUGGCUUCUGUGUAUGCCUGGAAGAGCUGACCACUCAACCCUGCGCCCACCCUCCUGGACGUGGGCCCUCCCCACCCAUGGGAGCCGCCGGCCAUCCCUCCGCACACAUCCCUGCCCUUCCCACCGCCCCAUUGCGGGGCUGACAGGCAGGGACCCCUGAGAGGCCACCUGCAGCUAGAGCCCUUGCCCAGCCCCAGCCCGGCCACCACGGGCUCUGUGCUAGAGCCUUGCUCUAGGCUGUUGGAGGCGCUCAGGAGUCCCCUCCCUCCAACUGGCCUGGGUCCAGAGGCCCCCAGCAGCCUCCCCGCAGGCCGGCCCCGGCAGUGGGCAUUAAGGACCCCGUGGAGGCUCCCGUGAGUGACAGGGUUUGGAGAGGAGGAAGAGAGAGAAGCAGCAGCGGCAUCUCCUGGUCCCUUGUUGUGUCCUUCAGGGUCUGAGGUGCGCUUGGCUCAGCCCCUCACCUACCCUCAGCCUCUCCCCGGGGUGCUGCCCCCAAGACCCGGCGAGCUGGGACUGGGUGUCCUUCCAACUCAGCAGGGAAAUGAAACAAAUAUUUCCGCAGGCCGCGCUCAUGUCCCCCACCCCAAGUGCCCUGGAGGAGGCUGACCGGCGGCUCCCUCAGAGCCGAAGACCACCCCCUAUCCUGCCCCUGCCCCCCCCCGCCCCCAUGUGCGUGCCCCUGUUGUCUGUCACUUCCCCUGCGCUCCUUCCCUCUGGGACACAAGUGCGUUCCCUGGGCAUGGUGGCCCUCGUGUUCUGGUGACAGCGUGGACAAAGGCAGCCCAGGGCCCCACACUUGCUUCUACUCUUGAAAUCCAGCGUGUUGGGUGGGGCAAGGCGGCUGGUGGGCAGGGGAUGGCCCUGCCCGAGCUGGGCCCAGAUGUGCCCGCAGCCACGCAGCUGGUCCCUGGCACAGCUGCGGGGCUGCUGCGGGUCCACAGCUGAGGGUCGAGGCCAGGCCGCUGGUGACCCGCUGAGCAGAAGGGAGAGGCUGGGCUCUUCCCUGACCUCUGCCUCCUGCCGCUGUCCUGUGGUCCGCUACUCAGAACCCAGCUGCUUGCUCACGAGCCCUGGCCAGGCAGGGCACCCACUGCCCCCUGGCCACACUCCUGUCCUCAGUCUGACCCCAGCCUUUUAAGGCCUGUCUCAUCCUCUGAUGGGGGAUGGGUGGUUUGUCCUCGUCCCCAGUGGGCAUGAUGGAUCGGUGUCCCCGGGGUUGAUGGCAGGGAGGUAGAAAGUUCCAGCUUAACUGUGGGGUUCUGGGGGCUGUGCUGGCCUCACCCCUGCAACCCCCCUCUCCCCGCUGGGGUGCACUGGGGCAGGCUGGAGGGCCGAGCUCGGCCUUGCCCCUUGGGGUUUGGUCAGGAGGGCCUGCUGGGAUGGCUUGUGCUGCUGGCUUAGACAUCAGAGCUGGGCCCAGGGGGAGGGAGCCUGGCAAACAGCCAGUGGUCUGGGGACAUGGGGGGUGUGGGGGAUACUAAGCAAGGAGCCAUUACUGGGAUGGAGGCAGUGACAAUGGGGAGGGGGACCCACACAUCUGAGGAGACCCAGGGUAGGCCCGUGCUCCAUCCUGAAGAUUUGUGGAGACACCCCCCCCCUCCCAGCCCACCACUCUCUAUCCUUGUCCCUGGAGCCCAGCGCCCUCCGGCCAAGCUCCCGCCUCCGCCUCCCCCACCCAACCCAAGCAAGACCACCUUUCUUCACAGUCACUAUUUAUUCUUCGUUCCUUCUUUUUGUAAGAAACAGUCACAAAAACCAGUGCAAAACCAUCA